CCUCGGCCGUUUGGUUCGUUCGCCUUCGUCGUCCAGUCAGUUGAGUUUUGGUGUUGGAAGAGUCAUCGUUCUCAUCAAGAGUGAUCGGUUGGUUUUCUCGUCAGCAAGUUUUUCGACAGUGGAAAAAAAGAAAGCUAAAAAUCUCUUUGUGAUAAGUCAUUAGCGCCGAUAAGGAUCUAUUUUUUCAAACCUUCAAUUAUCAGCCCAAGUAGGGAUUGAGUUCCGGAAACGAUGGCCGAAGGAAAAAGCGAAGAUCUAGCGACCGCGAUUUUGAAGCGCAAGGAUCGCCCAAACCGUUUGAUCGUGGAUGAAGCCGCCAAUGAUGACAAUUCGGUCAUUUCGUUGUCCCAGGCGAAAAUGGACGAACUGCAGCUGUUCCGAGGUGACACGGUUCUGCUGAAAGGUAAGCGCCGCAAGGAAACGGUUUGCAUUGUGCUGUCGGAUGAAAACUGUCCCGACGAGAAGAUCCGCAUGAACCGCGUGGUGAGAAACAACCUGCGUGUGCGCUUGGGUGACGUCGUGUCGAUUCAGUCCUGCCCGGAUGUCAAGUACGGCAAGCGGGUGCACAUCUUGCCGAUUGACGACACCGUCGAGGGUCUGACCGGUAAUCUGUUCGAUGUUUACCUGCGUCCGUACUUCCUGGAAGCCUACCGGCCGAUUCACAGCGAUGACACCUUCAUCGUGCGCGGUGGAAUGCGUGCUGUUGAGUUCAAGGUGGUCGGUGCCGAUCCGUCACCGUACUGCAUUGUGGCCCCGGAAACGGUCCUCCACUGUGAGGGCGAUCCAAUUAAGCGCGAGGAGGAAGAGGAAGCGCUUAACGCGGUCGGAUAUGACGACAUCGGUGGGUGCCGCAAACAAUUAGCCCAGAUCAAGGAAAUGGUGGAGCUUCCUUUAAGACAUCCAUCGCUGUUCAAGGCGAUCGGUGUGAAGCCUCCAAGGGGUAUUCUCAUGUACGGUCCUCCAGGUACUGGUAAAACACUGAUUGCCCGGGCCGUCGCCAACGAAACGGGUGCAUUCUUCUUCCUGAUCAAUGGUCCGGAAAUCAUGUCCAAGCUGGCCGGCGAAUCCGAAUCUAAUCUGCGAAAGGCCUUUGAGGAAGCUGAGAAAAAUUCGCCAGCUAUCAUCUUCAUAGACGAACUCGAUGCAAUCGCUCCAAAACGUGAGAAAACUCACGGUGAGGUGGAACGUCGUAUCGUGUCGCAGCUGUUGACGCUUAUGGAUGGCAUGAAAAAGAGCUCGCACGUGAUUGUCAUGGCUGCCACCAAUCGGCCAAACUCGAUCGAUCCAGCACUGCGUCGUUUUGGACGAUUCGAUCGUGAAAUCGAUAUCGGAAUUCCGGACGCCACAGGACGUUUGGAAGUGCUGAGAAUUCACUCCAAAAACAUGAAGCUGGCCGAUGACGUCGAUCUGGAACAGAUUGCCGCUGAAUCGCACGGUCAUGUCGGUGCCGAUUUGGCAUCACUUUGCUCGGAAGCCGCCUUGCAGCAAAUUCGUGAAAAGAUGGACUUGAUCGAUCUGGAAGAUGAUCAAAUCGACGCUGAGGUCCUGAACUCAUUGGCGGUUUCGAUGGAAAACUUCCGUUAUGCUAUGACCAAAUCGAGCCCAUCGGCUCUGCGCGAAACGGUUGUCGAAGUGCCAAACACCACAUGGCACGACAUCGGAGGUCUGGAGAAUGUCAAGCGUGAGUUGCAAGAAUUGGUGCAGUACCCGGUUGAGCAUCCAGAUAAGUUCUUGAAAUUUGGCAUGCAACCAUCGCGUGGUGUUCUGUUCUACGGACCUCCUGGAUGUGGUAAAACUCUCCUAGCCAAGGCUAUUGCAAAUGAAUGUCAGGCCAAUUUUAUCUCGGUUAAGGGACCGGAACUUUUGACUAUGUGGUUCGGUGAGUCUGAAGCCAACGUUCGUGAUAUUUUCGACAAGGCUCGUUCGGCUUCGCCUUGCGUGCUGUUCUUCGACGAGUUGGACAGUAUCGCCAAGUCACGUGGCGGCAACGUAGGUGAUGCUGGUGGUGCCGCUGAUCGUGUUAUCAACCAGAUUCUAACGGAAAUGGAUGGUAUGGGAGCGAAGAAAAACGUCUUCAUCAUCGGGGCCACCAAUCGUCCGGAUAUUAUCGAUCCAGCCAUCUUGCGUCCUGGUCGUCUAGAUCAGUUGAUCUACAUUCCGCUGCCGGACGAUAAAUCCCGUGAGGCUAUUCUGAAGGCCAAUUUGCGCAAGAGUCCUGUGGCGGGCGAUGUCGAUUUGACGUACGUGGCCAAGGUGACCCAGGGAUUCUCCGGUGCUGAUUUGACUGAAAUUUGCCAACGUGCGUGCAAGUUGGCCAUUCGUCAGGCGAUCGAAGCCGAAAUUCGCCGGGAGCGAGAACGCACCGAGAAGCAGAGUUCUGCGAUGGAUAUGGACGAAGAGGAUCCAGUGCCGGAAAUCACUCGAGCUCACUUUGAGGAGGCGAUGAAAUUUGCCCGUCGGUCAGUGUCCGACAAUGAUAUCCGCAAGUACGAGAUGUUUGCGCAAACGCUUCAGCAGUCGCGUGGAUUUGGAAACAACUUCAGAUUCCCGGGUGGCCAAGGUGGUUCCAGCUCACAGGGACAGGGAUCGAGCCAACCGACGAGCAAUCCAGCCGACAACGGUGAUGACGAUCUCUAUAGUUAGACAGUUGUGCGAACGCCAUUUGCGUUGUGCAACGAAACAUGUUCGAUUCGUAGAAUAUCAAAUGUGCGAGAAUGUCCAUCCGUAACGCGCCCAUUCCCCAUUGCUAGCAACAGGUCAGAUACCCAACAACAUAUACAGGAACAAACACAACCCGGAAACCGAUCAGUUUGACUUGUUCACUGUCUAGCUCUACCCUCUAAUUCUUAUCUGCUGAUCCUAAUCAGUAGAAUAGGACGCCGUUUCCGAGGGCCAUCCAUUAACAAUUGAUUGCAAUACAUAAAUGCAUCCAGACAUUAGAUACUUUCUUAAACUAUGAAGAUUUACCAUAAGGCAAGUUAUCUUUUUAUAAAAAUAGUAAACCUUUAGGAGAUCAAACCAAACAAGAAAAAGGAUAUGGUCAACCAGUAGAGAAGUCCCUGUCUGUAUCUUCCUGUUCAUAUUUAUUGGUUCAUUGAAUAAAACACCCACUCUUUGUUGAAUUGUUCCAACAGUAAUUUCCCCAUAGCGUAUUUUAUCCAACUACCUACUCACAAUUUUAUAAACAAACACGUUCUCUUUGGUGUGACAUGAUCGGAACACAUUUCUCGUCAUCAAGAAGGUGGCUUGGUGAUUGGUUGCGGGAAGGGAGGAAAUUUAGUGCAAAAGUUUCUUCUCCGCAGAGGACGCAGAACAUUAUUAAUUUAAAUUUAAUUAACUAGGUAUCCUCUACACUUACGUAGGACGAAGCAGAAGCUCUAGGCAUAGUUAUGACGAUUGAUCAAGAGAGUUUGAAAUUGUAAGGUGAUUAAAUAUUGAAGCAAAAAAAAAUGAUAAUAAAAUAGAUCUAAAAUGUACAAAAA